CUCAGUCUCCCUCUCCUCUCUUUUUAUUUUUUCUUUUACACACUCUGCAAAACGGCGUCGUAUCUUACCAACCUUUACACGAUCUCCGGCGGUAAUUAAAACGGCACAGUUUUCGCCGUCUUUUUGUGGUUUAAUUUUAUACUAACAGAGACGGUGAAGUUUUUUUCUUUUCUCUUUUCUUUUUUUCUCUUCUCCCGAGACACUUCACCUAAAAAUCACAAUUUCUCUUUACUGUUUUUCUCGAUUUCGCGAGGAGGAAAACAAAAAAACCAAACUCGAAAUUUACACAAACACAAGGCUCGAGACUUUUUGUAAGAUCAUCGGGGUUUGGUUUUCUUUGAUAUUUCGGGAAAGCUUUUGGAAGUAGAGGAUCUCACGUUUUUUUUCGUUUUGUCUCCUGUUUCUUUGUUUUUCCUAUGUGAGUAAAAAAAAAGUGAUGGUCUUUAGCUUUUAGGUUUUGGUUUUUGUUUUUGGUUUUUGUUUGUGGGAUGUUAAUUGGUGUUUGUUGUCGAAGAAGAGGAAGUUAGAAUUUGCUCAAAAUGCAUUUCACCAAGCUUGAUGACUCUCCCAUGUUCCGCAAACAGUUACAAAGCAUGGAGGAGAGUGCGGAGAUAUUGCGGGAAAGAAGUCUCAAGUUUUACAAAGGAUGCCGGAAAUACACUGAAGGGCUAGGCGAGGCAUAUGAUGGGGAUAUUGCUUUCGCAAGUGCACUUGAAACAUUUGGUGGAGGCCAUAAUGAUCCAAUAAGUGUGGCUUUUGGAGGACCUGUCAUGACGAAAUUUACAAUUGCGCUGAGGGAAAUUGGGACUUAUAAGGAAGUUCUUCGGUCACAGGUGGAACAUAUACUGAAUGACAGAUUACUUCAAUUUGCCAAUAUGGACUUGCAUGAGGUUAAGGAAGCUCGGAAGCGCUUUGACAAGGCUAGCCUUACCUACGAUCAGGCCCGUGAGAAGUUUUUAUCUUUGAGGAAAGGUACAAAAAGUGACGUUGCUGCUGCUUUAGAACAGGAACUUCACACUUCGAGGUCUAUGUUCGAGCAAGCUCGGUUCAACCUUGUGACUGCUCUUUCAAAUGUUGAAGCUAAGAAAAGGUUUGAAUUUUUGGAAGCAGUCAGUGGAACGAUGGAUGCACAUCUCCGGUAUUUUAAACAGGGUUACGAAUUACUGCAUCAGAUGGAACCAUAUAUCAAUCAGGUCUUGACCUAUGCGCAACAAUCCAGAGAAAGAUCAAAUUAUGAACAAGCAGCACUUAAUGAAAAGAUGCAGGAGUACAAAAGACAGGUUGAUCGAGAGAGCAGGUGGGGUUCAAAUGGUUCUAAUGGAUCACCGAAUGGAGAUGGUAUACAGGCGAUAGGUCGAAGCUCUCACAAAAUGAUAGAUGCCGUAAUGCAAUCUGCUGCAAGGGGGAAGGUGCAAACAAUAAGGCAAGGUUAUCUCUCUAAGCGAUCUUCAAAUCUGAGAGGAGACUGGAAAAGACGGUUUUUUGUUCUUGACAGCCGGGGAAUGCUGUAUUAUUACCGUAAACAGUGUAGCAAACCAUCUGGGUCUGGUAGCCAGCUAUCUGGACAGAGAAAUAGCUCCGAGCUUGGGUCUGGACUUCUUAGUAGGUGGCUGUCUUCGAAUAGUCAUGGACAUGGUGGUGUUCAUGAUGAGAAGUCUGUAGCUCGUCAUACAGUGAACUUACUCACCUCAACGAUUAAAGUCGACGCUGAUCAAUCAGAUCUGAGGUUUUGCUUUAGGAUCAUUUCACCUACAAAAAACUACACGUUGCAGGCUGAGAGUGCACUCGAUCAAAUGGAUUGGAUAGAAAAGAUCACAGGGGUUAUUGCAUCACUACUUAGUUCUCAGGUCCCUGAACAGCGUCUUCCUGGUAGUCCCAUGGGAAGUGGUCACCAUCGAUCUGCUAGUGAAAGUAGCUCAUAUGAAAGUUCUGAAUAUGAUCAUCCUACUACUGAUGAAUUUGCAUGUGAGAGGAGCUUUUUAGGGUACCAUGAAAGGCCAUCAAGAAAUUUUCAGCCGCAACGGUCUAUUAGAAAGGGUGAGAAGCCCAUUGAUGCGCUGCGAAAGGUCUGUGGGAAUGAGAAAUGUGCGGAUUGUGGAGCUCCAGAACCAGACUGGGCGUCUUUAAAUCUGGGGGUUCUUGUCUGUAUUGAAUGUUCUGGUGUUCACCGUAAUCUUGGCGUGCAUAUAUCUAAGGUUAGGUCACUCACACUCGACGUGAAAGUAUGGGAGCCGUCUGUUAUAAGUUUGUUCCAAGCUCUUGGUAACACUUUCGCAAACACAGUUUGGGAGGAGUUACUUCAUUCAAGGAGUGCCUUUCAUGUUGACCCAGGCUUAACGGGGUCAGAUAAAUCCAGGGUUAUGGUCACUGGAAAACCCAGCUAUGCUGAUAUGAUAUCUAUCAAGGAGAAGUAUAUACAAGCUAAGUAUGCUGAGAAGCUAUUUGUUAGGAGAUCGAGAGACUGCGAUUUCCCGCAAUCAAUUGCACAACAAAUGUGGGACGCAGUGUGUGGCAAUGAUAAAAAGGCUGUUUAUAGGCUAAUUGUCAAUGGUGACGCGGAUGUGAAUUUUGUGUAUGACCAAUCAUCUUCCAGCUCUUCGUUAACACUUUCAAGAGUAAUAUUAGUACCAGAAAGGCCGAAGCGUGAAGAUGUUCUACUCAGAUUAAGGAAUGAGUUACUGGAUAGAAACUCUGGUAGCUCUUCAAAUAUUUCUCCAGAAGGAAGCGGAUGUUCAUCUCUGCUUCACUGUGCUUGUGAGAAGGCAGACAUUGGGAUGGUAGAGCUUUUGUUGCAGUAUGGUGCAAAUGUGAACGCCACAGAUUCAAGUGGUCAAACGCCACUGCACUGUUGUAUUCUCAAAGGCAAAGCAGUAAUAGCAAGAUUGCUACUCACUAGGGGAGCAGACCCGGAAGCUAUGAACGUAGAAGGCAAAACCGCUCUUGAUAUUGCUGCAGAGUCAAAAUUUACUGAUCCAGAAGUCCUUGCUCUCCUUUCGGACACAAACGGAUACAAUCACAGACAGUGCUGAUAAAAUUUUACAGAGACUCAUGGGCAUAGAACUUACGGAGCUAUGUUGCUUUCACGGUUUCAAGAGCCCAAUCACAACUAAAAGAACGGCUACAAGCUUUAGACCCCAAUUAAAGUUAUGUAUUAAAUGUUUUUUUGUGAUAGAUGGACAUAGGCUGCUACAUAUUGGGAAAUGAUAGUGUAUUGUGUUGUGUCGUGUUGUGUGUAUGUGGGACUAUAGCAUCCUAAGUUUGUUAUGUCAUGGCGUUGUAAACUUGUAAGCAAAGUACUUGCGGUUUUUGUUCACUUCUGGAGAAGGUGGUAACCAUAAAAUUAUUCAUUAGCUA